AUAGAGAGAGAGAUUGUACCUUAUCAUUUUCUCUGUUUCUCACCAUUGAUAAUGUCGAAUCCAGCGGCGAAUCAGCUCGAACCAUGGACAGAUCUCGAAGGCAAAGUGGUGAUGGUAACCGGUGCAUCAUCCGGAAUCGGCUGGGAAGUAUGUAUCGAUCUCGCAUCCGCCGGUUGUAAGAUCAUCGCCGCCGCUCGCCGUACCGAUCGUCUCCAAUCUCUCUGCAAUCAAAUCAAUCAAUCACAAACUCCGCAAGCAGUUUCCAUAGAACUCGACGUUAGCGCCGAUAGCAAAUCAAUCGAAACCGCAGCAAAGAAAGCAUGGAAUACCUUCGGAACAAUCGAUGUCCUGAUCAACAACGCCGGCGUUAGAGGAACGUUGAAAAGCGCUCUGAUUUUAGAUGAGGAGGAAUGGAAUAGUACAAUGAGGACGAAUUUAACAGGAACUUGGUUACUAUCAAAGUAUGUAUGUUCAUACAUGCGUGAUGCGAAGAAAGGAGGAUCAGUUAUAAAUAUUUCAUCAAUUGCUGGUCUAAAUCGUGGACAUAUACCUGGUGGAGUUGCGUAUAAUGCAUCUAAAGUUGCUGUAAACACGAUGACGAAGGUAAUGGCGCUUGAACUUGGGAGAAUGAAGAUAAGAGUGAAUUCUAUAAGUCCAGGGAUAUUUAAAUCUGAGAUAACGAAAGAUUUGAUGGAGAAGGAAUGGUUGAAGAAUGUGGCUAUGAAAAGUGUACCUUUAAGAACAUAUGGAACGGUGGAUCCAGCUUUGACAUCGCUGAUUAGAUACUUGAUUCAUGAUUCUUCGUUCUAUAUUACUGGAAAUUGUUUCAUUAUUGAUGCUGGUGUCACUUUGGCUGGGGUUCCUCUCUUCUCUUCGCUCUGAAAAUUGUGAAGUUUUCACUUCUCUUCCUCCUGCUGAUGAAGAUGAAGAUGAUGAUGAAACUAGGGCAGUUCUUUAUUACAAUAAGAAUCUUCUUCUUCUUUGGGUUUUUGGAUUACAAUACUUUUGAUGCUGCAUUGGUAAAUUAUCCCUAGCUUCAUGAU